CGCUGUCCUGUAUCAUUUGUAAACAAGCAAGCGUACGAAUCUCUCGACUUGUGAACAGCGAUUUUGGCGCGACAUUUCAAUUUAAUUUGAAACAAGAAUUGUUAAAAAAUGGCUCUACUACCGUUUUUGUUGGAUUACGAACUCGAGCGUCCUCGCCGCCUCAUUGACCAGCACUUUGGGUUGGGAUUAACUCCUGAUGACCUUCUGGGCGCUGUUACUGGUCCUAUGGUCAAUCGUGAAUAUUAUAGACCCUGGCGUCAUCUCGCCGCAGCGGCACGGGAUGUCGGAUCCAGUAUUAAGAACGACAAAGACAAAUUUCAAGUGAAUCUCGAUGUUCAACAUUUCAACCCUGAAGAGAUAAGUGUCAAAACUGCAGAUGGUUAUAUUGUCGUCGAAGGCAAACAUGAGGAGAAGAAAGAUCAACAUGGCUUCAUUUCUCGUCAAUUCACACGUCGGUAUGCCAUUCCCGAAGGCUGUACUCCAGAGACUGUUGAAUCGCGUUUGUCAUCCGAUGGUGUGCUAACUAUCACUGCUCCGCGGAAGGUGCCUCCAGCGGUUCAAGGUGAACGUGCGGUUCCUAUCACGCAGACUGGCCCAGUCCGCAAGGAAGUAAAGGAUCAGGCGAAUGGCGACAAAGCCGAGUGAACUAGCGUUUUUCAGUAUUUUAUUUUAAGUCAUUCCUUCAAGUUACGUUCUUAUAAGACUGAUUAAUUUCAAUAAAAUAUUUUGUGUUCGUAUAA